CUGACACCUUUUUGGUUUGUCGUGGGCCCCGACCCGACCUUUCCCAAGCCCACCAGUCGCGAUGCAUUUUGUGCAGCGGUUAGCCGCCUGGGUCUUUGGGGAACUCUGGGGAAACGACAUGAGAGUUUUUCGUGAUUGCGGUGCUGCUUCUAUUUUCAACGAUCGCCACCACGAACACGAGUCAAAGAAGCAGUUUGCAGCUGUUCCAACAGCAGCGGCAACGUUGUUGACGGCGACAUGCUGGGAUCGAACAAAAGCCAAAAAGAAUUUCCCGCAUACCCGUGAGAAACAAUGUUUCACCCAUCUACGGAUACCUCGAUGCUGGUGUAUCCGUACGGAUCCAAGACGUACUCCGUCAGUUCUGGACGAUGGAGGGAUGAGGGUCGAGGAUGAAGUGGGUGGGAUACCUAUGGCACCCGUGGCCACCAAGAUUCUGAAGCCGCUGUCGGUCCCCUCGCAUGGCUUCCUCAUCAAACUAGCAUCACGUCACACAUCACGGAUACAGUCGCAGACAACGAUGGGACGGGAUGGACCGUCGUCGAAGUCGAGUCUCGACGGUUUAUCGCUGCAGCUAUCCUCGUCAAGCUAGUGUUGGCUGUCACUUGGGCUGGUGCCCGAAGGAUGUGGCUCGCAUGUCUGGCGCUCUCGCAGUUUCGGAGCCUUGGCACGAGUUUGGGGUGGCUCCGGUGGCUCUGGUGGCUCUGUCACUGUGCCCCCGUCUCAGACGGUCUUCGUCUGGGGCAUGUCUCACACCCUUGAGCCCCAGCAAGCCCAGCCCAGGGUUCUUCCUCGCUAGCGCCGUGGAAAUUGGAAUGCUUCUAACCUCUCUCGACGCCCUCCCGGACCCUUCUGCAGCGGGCUCCACGACGCCUUGCUUCACACGGCC